ACAAUCAUGAAAGUGUUCUGGACCAAAAACCCUGGAAAGUGUGAAGAGCCUCCAGAUCUGUCUGAGGAUCCUGAAUACAGACAGAGGCUUCAGUAUCUGGGAGACACACAAUGCACCAUCAGACUGAGUCAUGUGACACAGAAGGACCAACACAUGUACUAUUUCAGAUUCAUCACUGAUAAACCUGAUGGAAAAUGGACUGGUGCUCCAGGAGUGAAUCUUACUGUCACAGAUCUUCAGGUGGAGGCUCCUGAGAGAGUGACAGAGGGUCAUAAUGUCAGUCUGACAUGUAAAAGCAGCUGCACUCUGACUGACAGACCAACAUUCAUCUGGUACAGAAACUCACAGCCAUUAACUGAGAGAAGAGACAGAAACAAUCAACUCCUGCUGCAGUCAGUCAGAAGAGAGGAUGCAGGCAGAUACAGCUGUGCUCUACAUGGACACAGUUACAAUCUGAAAAGGAUAAAGAGAAGAUCUACUAUACACGAGUAUGAGUCUGUCCCUCCCACACCUGCUGUUCACCAGUCGGGAUCUUCUGAAUAUGAGAAUCAGUCAUGCAGCCAUUACUGCAUUUGUUGGUCAACAUUCCCCAUUUGCUAUUAUACUUGUCCAUACUCACUCAUUCCCUAUCCCAUACCACCAUGUGUGCUGCCUGAUGUCAGAUAUCCUUCAGUGAAACCAGUGAUAUUCAUCAGUCCAUCUGGUGUAAUAGUGGAGGGAGAUUCAGUGACUCUGAGCUGCAGCAGUGAUUCAAACCCUCCUGCAGAAAUCGGCUGGUUUAAAGGAGGAAUGUUUGUAGGAUCUGGAAGAAUCUACAGCAUCUCAAAGAUCAGCUCUGAUCACAGUGGAGUAUACAAGUGCAAGUCCAGAAAUGAACAUGGAGAGAAAUACUCUGAUGCUGUGACUUUAAACAUCAUGUAUCCUCCAAAGAGCGUCUCAGUGUCCAUCAGUCCAUCUGGUGUAAUAGUGGAGGGAGAUUCAGUGACUCUGAGCUGCAGCAGUGAUUCAAACCCUCCUGCUCUGAACUUCAGCUGGUUUAAAGGAGGAACGUUUGUAGGAUCUGGAAGAAUCUACAGCAUCUCAAAGAUCAGCUCUGAUCACAGAGGAGAAUACAAGUGCAAGUCCAUCAAUGAACAUGGAGAGAAAUACUCUGCUGCUGUGACUUUAAAUGUCAUGUAUCCUCCAAAGAGUGCCUCAGUCUCCAUCAGUCCGUCUGGUGAAAUAAUGGAGGGAGAUCCAGUGACUCUGAACUGCAACAGUGAUUCAAAUCCUCCUUCAGAAAUCAGCUGGUUUAAAGGAGGAACAUAUCUGAAUUAUGGACAGACAUAUAGCAUCUCAAAGAUCAGCUCUGAUCACAGUGGAGAAUACAAGUGCAAGUCCAUCAAUGAACAUGGAGAGAAAUACUCUGAAGCUGUGACUUUAAACAUCAUGUACCCACCCAGGAGCGUCUCAGUGUCCAUCAGUCCAUCUGGUGUAAUAGUGGAGGGAGAUUCAGUGACUCUGAGCUGCAGCAGUGAUUCAAACCCUCCUGCUCUGAACUUCAGCUGGUUUAAAGAAGGAACAUUUCUAGGAUCUGGAAGAAUCUACAGCAUCUCAAAGAUCAGCUCUGAUCACAGUGAAGAAUACAAGUGCAGAUCCAUCAAUGAACAUGGAGAGAAAUACUCUGAUGCUGUGAUGCUGAAUGUGAUGUAUGCUCCAAGAAAUGUAGUGGUGUCCAUAAAUGGAUGUGGUGUAAUAGUGGAGGGAGAUUCAGUGACUCUGAUCUGCAGCAGUGAUUCAAACCCUCCUGCUCUGAACUUCAGCUGGUUUAAGGAGAAUCAAAUCUCAGCUGUUGGAUCUGGACAGAGUUUCAGUGCACUACAGAGUGGACGCUUCUACUGUGAGGCUCACAAUCAACAUGGAUGUCAGAGAUCAGACGCUGUUACUGUCACAGUUCAUCAUCGAGCUAGUAGGAAUGUGAUUGUGAUCGCAGCAACAUCUGGAGGAUUAUUCAUCAUCAUCAUCAUUGUACUAUUAUAUUUGAUAUAUUAA